CGGCGGUGGGCGUGCUGUGUGUUUUCACAAUACAGCCUGCAAUGUGACUGGAUGUGUACUUCUGGUACGGAGCAAGACUUACUCCAACUAUACAGUCAUGCUAAAGAAAGAGAUGCCGAAGCCACAGUCCUCUCUCGGAUUCACUGUCUACGUAAUUGGCGAGCAAAUAAGAUGCCAGAUGCACAAGCUAAAUAUGAUAAAAGACAGACGAUACCACUUGAGGAAAUAUAAACAAUGCUUCAUUGCCAAAGACGUCAUAGACUGGGCACACAGGAGCCACCACGCGCAAACGAGGGAGGAAGCCGUUGCAGCCAUGUUGUGUCUGCAGCAACACGGAAUGAUACACCACGUGGUCGAUGAGCACGACUUUAAAGAUCAAAGCCUCUUCUUCCGCUUCACACGCGACGACGGGACUUACGCAGCCAACACUGACGUGGCCAUAUUCUACCGCGGCCUCGACGUCUACAACAGGUACUGGCUGAGAUGCCUCCUGCUAAUGAGGGACGGAAAGGGAGGGAAAAGCGAAGGAGCGGAAAUACAAAGGGACUUCUACCACAAAGGCCACUUGUAUGAAGGCGCCUUUUAUGGAAAUGAGCUGGUGGACUGCAUCAUGGACGGUGAUAAUACUGAUCGUAAACAAAUCGUGAAUCAGUGUCGAGAAUUGCUAGAGUAUGAUAUUCUCAACCAUGUAACCGACGACUACCACUUCAGUGACGACCGCUUGCUGUAUCAGUUCCGGGUGAACUUCGACAGACCGAGCCUGCUCAUGGAUGUUCUUACGCCGCAGUACGAUCAGAAAAAGAAGAAAGUCCAGGGCAACCGGUCCGAGCAACGUACCGAGCAACAAAACAGCGAGGCUCCCAUGUUCACGUCAGCAGGGUCAGAGGGCAGUAGUGUGGACGACGUCAGCUACAACAAUGCAUAUGACAGCGUCAAGCACGAUGGCCAGCGGCUUGAUGUCACGGUCUCUGAUGCCGGCGCUAGGAAAGGUUCGAACCACGGAGUGCCAGCGAUAAACUACACACGGCGUGGAUCUGAUGACGCACGGAUCCUCAUGACAAGGAAAGGUAGUGAGGGCAAUAUGCAACAGGACCAGGUUGGGUUCGGCUUCGUGCUGCGGGGCUCGGCGCCAUGCUAUGUCCACACUAUAGACCCCUGGGGACCUGCAGCUGCAGCAGGACUUCAGGUGGGCCAAUACGUCUUGACUGUGGGGGACCAGAACGUCAUGCACAGGGACCACCGCUACGUGGGCCGCUUGAUAACGACGCACACCGGCCAGCUGACCAUGGUCGUCAUGGCAACACGAAGUCAAGAACGUUGA